UCUUUUUCCAUGCGUCUUUUCCUCUCUUUUGUUACUUCUCCAACAGAAAACUCCAAGGGCGCCAUUCCCUUCCCCCAGAAAAAGAAUAAAAAGGAUCUCUCUCUACCCUCCUGCUUUUUUUCUCCUCGUCCCGAAAGACUUCCUAAAUUCCAGCUCUCUCAACUUUCCAUGGCUGCUGCCUUUCCUAGCUCCCCUGGAAUCUAGGUCUUCUCUCAUGAAAAUACAAAAAACCCUAAUGUUUUCUAUAUGGAUGGGAAUCAUGUGAUCCCUCACUGCACCUGUGACCCUUACCAACCAGGCUCUUACCCUUGUGACUUCUGUGCUUCAAUCCUACCUUCAUCCUUUUUCCCUUUCAUGGACGCUCUGGAGUUCCGAGGAACCGCCAGAGCUCUCAACGCCAUACCCCGAUUGGUAGGCGGCGCCAUUUCCGGCGCUCUCACUGGCCUUUUUGCUCUCGCAUCAAGAUUAGGAUGGUGGAUGCGUUCUGAUUGCAGCAUAUCAGAAUCUAAAACUUGGGCUUCAGUCGAUGCACUUGUAUCGGCUGGAGCUUUUACAGGAGCUGUAACUGGGGCUGUAGCCGGUAGGGCUUCUGACUAUGGAAUCCUUCGUGGAGCUGGACUUGGUGCCAUUGCUGGCGCUGUACUCUCUGUAGAGGUGUUGGAGGCAUCUCGUGCGUAUUGGUUGUUGGAGCAAUCGGGCUCCCGGGGUUCAUCAUCUAUGGCAGAUUUCAUAGAGGAGCUGCUUCGUGGGAGGCUUGUAGAAGAACAGUUAACACCAGGAAUGUUAACUGCCUAUCACUGGCAGAUGAGAAUUGCAGAUAUGAGCAAUGAUGAUAUUCAUGAUAUCUAUGAAGAAGUGGCAGCUAGGGGGCUGUCCGGCAAUGCAUUGAAGAAAUUACCAUGUUACAUUAUGUUGGAUGAAAGUAAAGCAACACAUAGCAUCUGCUGCACGAUUUGUUUGCAGGAUAUUGAGGCAGGGGAAAUCGCACGAAGCUUGCCUAGGUGCGACCACACAUUUCACUUGGUUUGUGUGGACAAGUGGCUCAUUAGACAUGGUUCAUGUCCUAUGUGCAGACAAGAUGUGUAGGUGUUGGGAGGUUCUAGUUCGUGUAUAUUAAAGGCCACCAGCCUUAGAUAGUUGAUGCAUGUGCGAUAUAGUUCUUCUGUAAUAUAUAAUGUUCUUUUGUGUAAAUUCCGACUGUCAUUGUUAUCAAAUAGAAAUUUACCAUAUUUACUGUAAGAAAAGGCGAUAUGGUGUUUGGAUUUGUACCGUCUGUGUCAUAACUGCCAGACUUAGAUGUUCCAUUAUAUUUUUUUUUUGUAGUCAAAGAUGUAUUUUCUUUGUGGGUGCCGAUGCUAAGUGACAAGUUGAAAAUUUUGCUGGAA